UGUAAUCGUUCUUUUUAAUGAAACCUGACAAAAGGUUGACAAUUUCAAACGAACAAAAUGAAGAAAAAAUAAAAUGUGGAUGUACAAAAUCCCCAUUAACAGAAACUAUGUCCCCUAAAUAUCCAUCACACCAAGAUCAAACUAUAGGAAUAACUGCAAUGGAAGAAAAACAAUGCGAUUACUGUGCGUUUAGUAUACCGCCUCCAGUUCUUCUCACCGCGAGAGCUUUUAAAUAUAUCCGAAAAAUCAUCAAUUACUAGAUUUGCAUAAAUGAAGAAGUCUUCCAAAAAAGGGCCCCAUAUUUUUGAACUUGAUAAAAUAGUAUAUAUCUGCAUUGCGUUCACUUUAGCACUAAUCGUUGCCACACAGUUCUGUCGUAUCACGUCGCAUUUUCUGAACCGACACUCUGAACGAAGAUAACAUUUUGUUAGAAUGGGAAAGAAAAACAAAUCUGGUUGGCCGUCGGUGGCUCUGACUAACAUAUCUAUGUUUGCGGACCAAUUCGACCUCAUGGAACUGAUGCUUCUGAGUUUUGCUUUGACUUUCGUUUUGAUCGUACUCACAAGUGCAUCUCGAUUAUUUCUUGGCAGCAGCAGGAGGGCGUGUGUCCAACCUCCCAGUGAAUAAGGAAGUAAUGGCGAGCCAAAAGGAUACAAGUGAAGACGAAGAUACCUUUGACUUAGUACAAAUUGUAUACGCGGCUGUCGCAUUUACAUUUUUAUUGAUUGUAACAAAACAAGCUGUUGAUUUCAUCCAAUCGAGGUUCGUUGACGGUUUCGAUUAAUAUUGAUAUGCCUAAGAAGAAAACUUCAAAACUUCAAAGAUGUUCAAUGAAAUCAGUUCCAUAGUCAUGGCAGCAGCCUCGAAGAAGGGUAGUAAAUCGAAGGGCAAGGGCGGCAAAGCUUCAAAGUCACCCUCAACACAAUCCAUACCAUGUGACUUUUGUCCACCAUCCGUGUGCCAGGAAGGCCCUUGUGCAGGAUCCGAUGCUUCACUAGGGUACUCUGUCUGCCCGAAAAUCAAAGAAUCGUAUGAGUCAAUCGGAAGCGCAUGUACCGGCAAGAAGGGUAAAGCCAAGCCUAAAGCAAAAGGUGGUAAGGGAGGCGGUAAGGGCGGCAAAGGUAAAAAAGGGAAGGAUUCAUCUUCAAAAGAAUCAUCUGCUUCUGAUAUGACUGCUGAUGGGAGUGAAAGUUGCAGCAUGAGUCCCAAGGGAAUGUGUACGGUGACUGUCUACAAGUGGACCGUCUGUGAGAUACUAAUGGCUGCCAUUGUGUUCGCGCUAGUGGUGUUCUUGAUCAGCCAAGCGUGCAAGAUCAUGAGCUCGUCACGUCGACGUAGACGAAGAAACUACUGUUAGCUGCGAAGUGAACCAACUUUGGUCUAAGCAAGAAUCAGAAGCACCUUUUAAACGUGUUGUUCUUUGUUCAUAUAAUCGGCAUUGACUUUAUACUGAGUAACCACUAAUAAAUCCUUUCUUCAUUU